UAGAUGAAUGUGAUUCUCUUACAGGCCCCACCAUGUGGAUGAUUCCAGGGCAGAACCAAAGCUGGGUUUCUGAGUUUAUCCUGCUUGGCUUCUCCAGUGACCCCACAACCAACAGCAUCCUCUUCAUUGUGUUCCUUCUCAUCUACCUAUGCUCAGUCCUGGGUAAUGGUCUCAUCAUCAUGCUGAUCUGUCUGGACACACAGCUGCACACUCCCAUGUACUUCUUCCUCUGUAUACUUGCCCUGUUGGAUAUGUGCUAUGUCACCACCACCAUGCCCCAGAUGUUGGUGCAUCUUCUUGCUCACUCUCAGACCAUCUCCUUUGCUGGUUGCUGGCUGCAGAUGUUUGUGUUUGGUGCCCUGGGUAUGACUGAGUGCACCUUCUUUGUUGUCAUGGCUUAUGACAGAUAUGUGGCCAUUUGCUACCCACUGCGUUAUACUGUCAUCCUCAACUGGGGACUGUGCAUACAGUUGGCUGCUGGGACAUGGAUCUGUGGUUUCUUCUUUUCUGUGCUGCAUACUUUCUUCACCAUGAGUCUGCCAUAUUGUGGGCCCAACAAGGUCAACCACUACUUCUGUGAAGGUCCUUCAGUACGUAGCCUGGCUUGUAUGGAUACUCACCUCAUUGAGAUGAUAGAUCUGGUCUUGAGUAUUUUUGUGGUUGUUACUCCCAUUUCCCUCAUUGUGGCCUCCUACAUUCAUAUUGCCAGGGCUAUUCUCAAGAUCAAGUCCACCCAGGGUCGCUGCAAGGCUUUCUCUACCUGUGCCUCCCACCUGACUGUGGUCACAUUCUUCUAUGGUCCAUGUACUUACAUCUACAUGAGGCCCAACUCUAGCUACUCCCCUGAGCGAGACAAGCAGGUCUCACUCUUUUACAAUGCCUUCACAGCCUUGCUCAAUCCCGUGGUCUACAGUCUGAGAAACAAAGACAUCAAGAGGGCAUUUCUCAAGGUGAUGGGGCAUGGUAGGGUGAACUAGAAAACCUGCAUCUUGGAGAAGCUCAAUUGAAGUAUUUAGUAUUUAAGGAAGGCAGAGUGUCUUUAUUGAAUGUAACUGAUCUAUGCAAAUGAACUAGUGAUGUACUUGGGACAAACCACUGUGAAAUCAAGGUGGCUGUCUUGAUUGACAGGCUACACUAAGGUACAAGUCCAAACACCUCAGUAAUCUCUCUGGAUCAUAGCUACAAAGAUUCAUCUGUCACUCAUUUUGUAGCUGUAGGUUGGGAGUGACCUUCUGUUCUCUCACAUCUGUUCUGAAGGAGGAACAUUAUAGCCAACAUGUUGUCCUAUAACAUAAGGAAAGGAACAGUGGACAAACUCACAAUGAUGAAGCUCCUCAAGAGUGACCUGCUUCUUUGUCCACUUUCUCUUGGCAAAUAAAUAGUGUGGUCAAGCCUGAGAGCAGGA